AUGCCAAUUCAAUCGGUCCGGUUUCUGCCAUUUAGACCAUCUGGAGAAGAAGCUUCCACCACCACCACCUACGCCAACGUCGUCAUGUUGUGUCCGGUUUCGAUUCACUUUACGCUUAUGCCAUUGUCCUUUGCCUAUUGUAGUAGAUCGGAAGAAGAGGAAGAGGUGGAAGUGAAGAAGAUUGCGCCUGGAAUCGUGCCAACUCGUUUGACUGGUAUCUCCCCCCUUCUUCUUCUCCACGCCUUCUCACUCGAUGACGACGACCGGACUGUCCUCACGAUGGCAACUUCUGGUGUGCGCGGAAAAGAAGAGGGAGAAAUGAGGAUUGGAAAGAGGUGGAAAGAGUGUGAAGAUCAGUGGAGACAAAGUGAUCUGACUGGACAGCUAGCCAGCUACUCUACGAUUUGCAAAAUGAAAAGAGAAAAGAGAGAAGUGGAAGCAGAGGAAGAAGAAAAGAAAUGA